AUGGAACCUAAUAACUCUGAAAAAAUCAAAGUUGAAAUUAAUCCCCAGAUUAACCAAGAAAUUUUUGAUAUCAAAGUUUUUAAAGAUGGUUCAAAAAUAGGUCAAUCCAUUUUUGACAACAUAGAUGAUAUUGAGACCAGCAGUGUUUUAUCAGUUCAAUCGGCAAAAGAUAGAUCAUCUUUUUAUUUGAGUGAUGAUGAUACCAACCUUUCUGAUAUAUAUGAUUUUGAUUUGAUUAAUUUUAAUGCUUUACAAGAAGAUAUAGAGGCAUUUUUUGAACAAUCUUGUUCUUCAAUCUUUAGAAUAGAUCAAAAGAUAAGCAACAAUACUCCUUAUCUUGUAAUUAUGAGGGAUGGUUCUGAAUAUGUUGUACGUUUAUCAUCUCCUAUCAAUCAAAUUCACAAAUAUUCUAAAGCUUAUACAUCAAAAAGAUUACAAAGUGAAGCUUCUAUUAUCAAUUACGUAGCUAAACAUACUGAUAUUCCAGUUCCUGAGAUAUACUAUUGGAAUGAUGAUAAUGAAAACGUUAUUGGCACUGAUUUUGUAAUAAUGAAGCAUUUACGUGGUAUUCCUCUAUGUGAUGAAUGGCUGGAUCUUACAUUUGAAGAAAAGCAAGAUGUCUUGCUUCAAAUAAUUGAUAUUUUGAUGAAAUUAAAAACUUUACGAUUUCCAGAAAUAGGAAGUUUGUAUUCAAAUGAAUGUAAAGCUAAUGAUCAAAUAGUUGUCGGUGAAUGUAUCUUUCAUGUUUUUAUGCUAUCAGGAAGAGAUGAAACAAACAAUGCUAAUUUUGGUCCAUUUACAACUACUCGAGAUUUCUUACAUGCCGCUUUAGAUAAAGAAAUUAAAUUCCUUGAUGGUAAAGGUGGUGAAUUUAAAGAAUUAUGGUGUCCCAUUCAAAAACAAUUGGCUGAAUUGUUCUAUAAUCAUUUUUCUGAUAAAUAUCAUGAUAAUACUUUUGUUUUAUGUCCAUCGGAAUUAACUGCUAGUAAGAUUUUACUUGAUCGUGACUUUGAUAAUAAGGUUUUUAUCUCUGGUUUCCUUGCUUGGGAUUGUACCGGUUCAUUACCAAUGGAAUGCCUUUUUCAAGAUCCUACGUGGAUUAGAAAUAAUAAUUCUGAUAGCUUGAAAUAUUCAGAUGAAAGAAAAAGUGAAAAUCUUCAACUUCAAUAUUUCUUUUGUCAAGAAUUAUAUUCACGAGAUCCAGAUAUCGAAUUUAUUUGUAGAGAUGAAGUGAGAAUUCUAUUUUUUACAAUUAUUCUCCGACAAUUUUUAUAUCCUUGGUCUAUUUCUGAAUUCAUGCAAGAAUUGCAUGAAAUAAUUGAAGAAGAAUUGGAAACUGAAUGGACAAAAUAUGAUGAAGAAGAAGGAUAUAUUAGAUGUAAUGAUAUGUCAAAAUAUAAUUUAAAUGAAAUAGAAUGCGAAAGAAUAUCAAGUUUAGAAAUUUUUGCUGAGAAUGAAAGGGAAUAUGAAAAUAAUCGAGAUGAUAAACAAUGUGAAUAA